CAAUGUUGGCGCUGUUUACCUCCCCAAUCCUGUGCUGUGGCCAGCUGGACAUAAACCAUAAUUCAGACAGUCUAAACUAUCCCGGAAAUACACAUGUAAGGUAUUUUACAUUGAAUCCUUCACGGAGUUAUACAGACACAUAUUAGUAAUACUGUAGUAAAGGUGUCAUGAAUAAAGAGAUCAUGUCGCGCGUGGUGAAGAAGAGGCAGGCGGACCCUAAAGUGGUUCAGUACGUGUGGGCCGCCAUUGAGGUCAUACGCAACCAGAAACAAAUUGCCAACAUGGACAGGAUCUCAAAGUACCUGAGCCGUGUGUUUGGCAUGCACCCAAAGGAGACAGCCAGGCAGCUGAGUCUGGCAGUGAAGGAUGGCCUGGUCGUAGAGACUCUCACUGUGGGCUGUAAGGGCUCCAAGGCUGGCAUCGAACAGGAGGGCUACUGGCUGCCUGGAGACGAGCAGGAGCCCAAUGCCGACGGAAGCAAGACGGAGAAGGAGCCGCCAGAGGAGGAAUGGGAGGCGGAGAGCCACGACUGGUACUGCUUCGAGUGCCACCUGCCCGGAGAUGUGCUUGUGUGCGACAACUGCUUCCGUGUCUAUCACCUAAAAUGCCUGUCUGAUGAGUACAAGCCCCGGGACAGUGGAUCCCACUGGCAGUGUGUGGUGUGCAGGGGUAGUAAAAAGAAGAACCUGAACAAGCAGGAGAUGUGCAGAUACCUGCGUUUUAUCAUUCAGCGCAUGAAAGAGAGGGCCGUGGACCUGAACAAGAAAGGCAAAGACACUCAACACCCGAUGUACAGAAGGCUCAUCCAUACCACGCUGGACGUCUCCAACAUUCAGGAGAACCUAACCGAGGGGAAAUACAAGAGCUUCGACGAGUUCAAGGCAGAUGCCCAGCUCAUCGUGCACAACACCGCCAUCUUGUUUGGAGUUCAUAGUGACCAGGCUGAAAUAGCGCGGUUGCUCUACAGUGACACAUGCCAUGAGCUGAACGAGUUGAUGCUGUGUAAGAACUGCUUCUUCCUGUCCAACGCUCGGCCUGACAACUGGUUCUGCUACCCCUGUACUCCUAAUCAUGAGGUUGUGUGGGCUAAGAUGAAGGGCUUUGGCUACUGGCCGGCCAAGGUCCUGCAGAGAGAGGACAAUCAGGUGGACGUCCGCUUCUUUGGCCACCAGCACCAGAGAGCGUGGAUCCCUGCAGACAACAUCCAGGACAUCAAGGUGUCGGUGCAGCAGCUGCAGGUGAAGCGCAGCGCGAGCUGGAAGAAGGCCUGUGAUGAGCUAGAGCUGUCCCAAUGCUUUCAGAGGGAGGGCCGCUUCUGGAAAACCAAGGCGGUGGAGAGGCUGGAGGAGAGGAGAGGAGACGGAGAAGAGAGGCUGACAGAGAGGCCGGAGGAGGCAGAGUACUCAAUCUCCUCCACCAGCAACAACAACGAUCAGGUCAAACAUCCGAAAGCAGACAGACAGCCAGACCGAGACCAUCAGCCAGACAGGCAGGAGCCUAAAGCAAAGAAGAGCCGUCGCAGUCAAGCUCCUGAGCCCAAAGAGGAAGCCACUGACCCGGAGCCUGAGAUGGAGGCUGUGAGCAGCAGCCAGGAGAUCCCUGUGACGACUCCUCACCAGCCAGAGAAGCUGUCUGUCUCCACGCAGACCAAGAAGGCCUCAGCCACCUUGCCACGCAGCCUACACCGCAGCACCCAGACCACCUCUGACGGAGCCUGCCAGAACAUGUGCCACGAGAAGUACACCAAGAUCUUCAAUGAUGUCAAGGACAUGAUGAAGGCCGACAACCAGAGGGAGACAGAGCGCAUGGUUCGAGAGGCCCUGGAGAAGCUGCGUUCUGAGAUGGAGGACGAGAAGAGGCAGGCGGUGAGCAAGGCAGUGUCGGGGGGCCAGGCUGAGAUGGAGAGAAAGUGUAAGACGGUGAAGGAGAAGUGUAAGGAGGAGCUGGUGGAGGAGGUGAAGAAGAUGGUGGCCCAGCACAAGCAGCUCAUCUCCACCACCAAGAAGAAGCAGUGGUGUUAUAACUGUGAGGAGGAAGCCAUGUCAGUUCUGACUGUGUGUUUAUCCUCCAGUGUUAUAACUGUGAGGAGGAAGCCAUGUACCACUGCUGCUGGAACACCUCCUACUGCUCCAUCAAGUGUCAACAGGAGCACUGGCACGCCGACCACAAACGCACCUGCCGCAGGAAGAGAUGAACAACAACCCCCACUCCCCUGAUAUAACUUACCCAACCACGCCCCUACCUGACUUCCUGAACACUUUCUGGACCGAAUAUAUGCGGGGAAAAAUAGCUAUUUUCAUUUUAUUUCAGUACUUUAUUUAAUAUACCCAGUGUAUCGAUUUUAAAAAUAUAUAUAUUAUCAAGAGCAUGGCUCGAAUGAUUGUUUUUAUUUUAUUUUUAUGAAGUGCUAAUUUGACCUAUGUUGCAGAAUGUGUUAUUUAAGUGUCUAGUAACAGAUGAACAUUAACUGAAAACAUUUUAUUACCUGCAUUUUUUUCACUUUUCUUACUGUUAAUGUUUAACAAUUAAUAUUACAGUCGAUCUUAUACCGUAAGUACAAUUGCAGCGUUGAAUAAGCUCUGCUUUCAUACAGAAAAUAUUUUUUUAAAUGCUGAAAAUCAUGAGAAACAAAAUGUAAUUGUGAAAAAAGUAAAUGAUCCAUACAUUUUUUUUGCAUGAUUUUAUCAUGAACAUAUUUUGGUAAAUAGCACCUUUUUAUUGUUUUUAUCCAUUUUCAAGUCUCUUAAACGUCGUUGGGAACAGGGUUAUGAAGUCGGCUAUAAAGAUGCUGACAAAUCUUCCCUUUGUUAUUAUGCACAUUUUGAAUAUACUGUCAUUUUUAUGAAUUAAAGAAAAAGUUAUAAAUUUCUUGGGAAUAUAUAGCAAUCUUUACUGAGCUGGAUCUUAGAGAGGUUCCUUCAUAAUUUGACCGUUUGCACAUUUAAUUUCAUGACCCAAAUGCUUUGUAAUAUUGCCAAAAAUGACAUUUGUUAAACCGUAUCUUAAGAGAAAGUGCGUGCUGUUUUUUCCCCUCUUGUUUAUGGUUGGUGCCAUGGUUAUUGUGAUGUUCACUGUAAGUACGGUUUUAGAAUGCUCAGUGACUAGUUAGACAUUCACUGCUUAUGCUGUUGGUGGUCAGUGCCUGUUUUUUUUCAAAACUAUCCUCAUAUUCUGAGUGAAGAGAUGUGCAUGUUGAUAGUUCCACAUUUUUACUAGAAAAAUAACAAGCUUGCAAAGUAUCUCGGUUUCCCCAUAGACAAUGAAUACGGAUGGACCAAUAUAAAAUAUGCAAAUAUCAACGGUGAUCAGGCUUAUCUUUUAGUACUUUUUAUUUUUUCUUAAUGGAGUCUGAAUGGUGUGCAAUGUUAUUAUCCUUUGCUUAACUUGUCUUGGAUCAUUUCUUAAAGGGUAAUGUAAUUGCCAAUUUUAUUUAGAACAGAAGUACUAACCAAGAGGCUACUUGGGAAGUCAGCCAUUAUUGUAAGUCCAUGUGACUGUUUCCUUAGUUAUGAAGAGCUGACUGAACAGAGGAAAGGUCAUCCCCUGCAUCCAUUUUGCCUAGUUUUGGACAAUGAUGGCAACUCUCUCUUCCGUUAGCUCCGACAAAGUGUAUCACUUUUCAGAGCUAACACGAUUUUUUGUAUUCGUUAGAACACCAUGACAAAUAAUGGCGUAGACUAUUUCUUUUCAAUCUCUUUUUCUCUUACCCUAACCCAUAGUCUGUUUUGUUGUUUUUCAAUCAGAGAAGCAGUGUAAUGUUUUAGAAGUAAUGAACAAACUGCCUGAUUUGCCACAUGUAAUCAUGUUGUGUUUAAUCCUGAUACACUUCCUCAGGAGACUGAACAGAAUCCUGAUGCCCUGCACAAAUGCCACAACUUUCUCUCCCUGUCUCAUGGUGUUAACAAAAUCAUAUUCUGUUUGUCAUGGUUGCACAUGUAAAUAAACUGGUUCCUUUACACCAUGUCAUUCUAAUGCGAUUAAAGGCAACACACACUGA